AUGGAUCUUUCGAAAAUGAAGAAAGCCAGCUCUUCUCGAGGAAACAAAAAGCGCGGAGGCCGCGGGAAAAGUGGUUCUGGGAAAGGACACAACAAGAUGAAGAUGCGUUCGCAGGCGCAACGCGGAGCAGUUGUCAGUGGCCCUAGUCACCGCAAGUCCUCCAUUUUGGCGUUAACCAUGUGUCCUUCCGCGGCCGCGUUGUCUGCAUCCGCGUUGAACAAGCACUCGCACUCCUCUUCGGCACCUCUUAAAACAGGGGACAUCUACGAAGAUCAGCGCGAAUCCAUCACGGAAGACCACAGGUUUCGUGGAAAGGCUGUCGAAAUCGAUUAAGGCGGUAGAAGAAUGUGAAUGCUAGUAUCUUAUCUGUAUCAUCAUGUAUGAUGAUCUGUAUCCGUUCUGGCGUGAAGUAUCGAUCUUGAGCAUGGGCACCAUGAUUCGUGAAAUAUUUAUCUCGUCUUUAUUUCCUUCUAGUUAGCAGUUCUUGUAGUAUGUCCUCAGAGAAUACAAGUUAUCACAAUAGUAUAAUUCUUGCUCAGAAACAGAAGUCAUCUCAGACUCAGGAGCAAGAGGUGAUUUGAUUUAGAAGUAGAGAGCCAGAUCUCGAGGACUAUGCAUGCCAUGGAGUCCUUUUUUCAAGCACGGAUGAUGAGCGGCCACCUCUAAGUCAAGAACACGCUGACAGAUCCUCGUAUAGAGGAGCUCGGAUACUUCGUUUUUGAUUUUGCCAACUUGCCAAAGGACAAUUCGGAUAUUUUCCCAGUCGACGCUGGAUGGGGAGAAGAGCCCUCGUCGCGGAUUACCGGUGGCUUGAAUACGGAUCUUGACGUGCAUGUGCAAACUCGAACUUGGCAGGAAGCGCACAAGCUUUGGAAGGAAAAUGUAAGGAAAAGCUCGGAUGGCUGGGAAGCAGGUAAGCCCUAUUCUGAGAAGGAUUACGAUCAGUGGAUUAAAAAUCUUCUGGUUCGUCUUUUUGCGGAAAAAUUUCCACUCUCCUCUGGGGAGGACCGCGGACCAGAACGAAGCAAGUGCCACUACGUAAUGAAUAUCGGCGACAAGAGUGACGACUCUCGGUAUGCGCUUGAAAACACUUCCAGCUCGCCUCUGAUGUUAAGGGUGCUGUCGUUGGAAAUAAAACCUAAAUUAUUCGUUUCCACCAAACUCAGUUGAGGGUCGUGCUGUCGUUGGAUCUUCCUCUUCUUCAAAUCUGAGAACGUGCAUUAUGAUUUCUAUUUCCUACAAUUACGCCUACGCCCCCUCCGCCUCAUCUUGUUCUAACGCUCGGGAGAAAUAAUUUUUUUCAUGUUGAUGCGUAUCGGGAAAAAACGAAAGCUAUCCAAGUGAAGGCCGCGCCCGAGAUGUUGGUGAAAAGUAACUACUUCGUGCAACAUUACCCCGGACGCAGUGUGAGUCGGAAUUCCGACCGGAACUACAAAUACGCGAUGAUAUUGAAUAGCGGAACGGGACAAAAAACAACAAAAACUAAGACGGCAACGCGUCUGGUUGAGGGACUACGCGGAACGCCGACUGGAGAUCAGGCAGAAGCGUGGACAGACUAUGCCGAGUUUUUCGUGCUCGAGCCAAAGCCGAGUGACGUGAUGAGUGCGCGAACACAGCGCAACGGCCUCCUGCAGCCACGCACGUGGAACGUUUGGUUUUCGAGCAGUCAAGGUUGCGCAGCCGAUGGCAGCACUUCUGGCGAGCAACUACAUCAUGACCAGUCGGAGGACAAAGUCGUGGAGGUCGGGAGUGACGGCUCCACCACGACCACCGCGAUCCCUGCACGACGAGAUGCGGCCGAAGCGAGGUCCCUCCACGCAAUGCUGUGCGCGCGGCGUUUGACAGUUCUUCGCGAGCGAGAACCAGACGCGACCCUUCCUAUCAAGGCGGAUGAUCUAACUUACGGAACUCGCUGGGACGUAUGGGGGCAGCAACCGAAUCUCAAGGAAGUAGCCGGAAGACCUUCCGUUGAUGUCGAGACGCACCUAGAUAAAGAAAUAACAGGCAGCAAUAACGAACAAGGACUUCGAGGUGCAUUGUCGCGCCUCACCAACCGGAAUACGCUUACGCAAGCGCUACAACGAUUUACACAGGCAGACCCCAAGUCUUUGGAGACUCUGCAGAAAGAAGCCGCGAAGUACCUUAGCGAAACAAAACUGUUUUUAUGUUGAAGAGGUUUGGCGUCCUUAUCUCUACCUAGGUAGACUUACUUGGUAGAUGGUGCUCGUGUCAUCUCACGCUUACUAGUGAAGAGUGGUCUAUUUUCGGAAGACUUUGGAGAAUCGUCCUGGACCGAUAAGUACUAGAACUAGCAUCAUGUAAAUGAAAAUGACUCUUAAAAAAGAAAGAGACUUGACUUUGACUCAACAUACAUCGGACUAUGCCCUAUCCUGAAGUUACUCGAGCUCUCCUGCAACUGGUCAUUCUUGUCUAAGAUUACAAUAUGCGUCGAGCAAAAAGAACGAAGUAUUUGUGCUUGAUGCGGCGCGCUUUCCACACCGUGGUGAGAACGCACCGUUCUGGACGUCGCGUGACUUUUUCAAAAUAAAGAAGGUUUUGCUUCAGAAUAGGAAGAGAAAGCUUUCGGAGGAUGAAACGACAGAUGCAUAUGCAGAGAAAAAUUUUAUUUUCUGGUCAGUUGAGCUGAGGGUUGCCCAUUUUCUUGGCGACUGGCACUCCGAUAAGGGGCUCUGCUUGCCGCCAGACGAGCACUACAGAGUCACGCCCGGACUACCGCUCCAAAUCACAUCCAAUAACUUGGACGACAGCCGCCUCGGCCGCAUUGGCUACUUCCGGUUCGACUUGAGCCUUUUAAAAGAGCCCUCUCCAUCUUCGCCCCCGACCACUCCCGGCUACAGAACCGACGGGGCGAAAGUGUUCCGAGACGUCCUUGAGUGGGCCACCGAUUUGGCCAAACAUCAGGAUCAUUCUAGUGGACGAGGUGGUGCGCACCAGGUGAAAGGAUUUGCGCGUUUAGGGAAAACAUUUGGGCGUAUGUUCUCGGAGAAGUUUCCCUUUCGCGCGGACAUCCGAGUAGCAGACACGAGGGGAGCGCAGCCUAGUGCGGAGGGUGACAAGUGCCACCACGUCAGUGUGAUGGAGGUCAAUGCUCUUGCGGUGACGGGAGCUCCAUUGGGAUUUCACCGAGAUGCAGCACGUUUUGAUGGACGGCAUUCGAUUCCCGAAGGAGCGCGCAUUUGGAGUGUAUGGGUUUCUAGUUCAGGUGCUUGCCCCGGGCUAUUUACCUCUGGGGCCCUCAUCCGAGAGGAAGGCGUGCCUAACUGGCGCUCGAUCGCACUAGCGUCGAUGCUCUGCGCACGUCGGCUGUCACUGAUACCAGAUGCCCACGGUGUUGAUGCCGGUGCCGCGGAAAAAAAACUAGCCAACAUUGCGGAAACGCUGCAGAAAUAUGGUCGCACGGAACUACCCAAAGGAAGAGGAACCACAUCAAACGAGUUAGCGAAGACACUCAUGGGACAGCUGAAAGAGUUCGUGGCGGCGGCCGGCUCAGACCUAGUGAAAAACGAAAAUGCCGUGUUGCAGUUUUCCUCUACUACUCCGGAUGACGUGUUGGUUUUUGAUCCGACGCGCUUUCUGCAUCGUGAGGAAACUCCGCUCUUAUGAGGGAUAGUUUUUAUUAGGUGUUCUUAUGUAUCGUUGGUUAGCGGUUUUUUAACAUUGGUCCUUCCCUUUCUCUACAGGACAAUGCUUGCAUACGUGAGGACACUCCGCUGCUGCAAGCAACUACAACGUGAACAUGUUUGUUUUGGCCAGUACUACUACUUAUCGAUCCAGGGAGGACGGCAAAAUAACAGGACCCAAAUACAAAGGCACCAAUGAAGACCUACUUCUAAUCAUAGAGCGGGAAACAUUCGCAGCUAUUUCUCGAAUGGUCAGCGAGGUCGCGGCCGAAGAUGAAAAUUUUCCUCCGCCACUGUCUACAACAGCCCCGAGCGACGAACAGCUCCAAGCUGUGGAGGUAAAAAUUUUUCACACAGUCGGGCAGUGGGAUGCAGACGCAGAAGAAUGUCGCAUGGUAUCUUCUAUUGCAUAUUACAAUUUACAUUUCUUGGGCAUAGGGUAGAGGUUUAGGUCCAGCGACGCUCAAAGCACAUAAGUAAAACAACCGGCCCGCUUUCCCUCUAAAUCUUAGGCUUAUGCCUUCAACAUGCAAAACGUUUGGAUCUUCUACAAAAACAAAUAUGAGUUGCUCAAGCUCAUCAUGUAAUAUCAAAAAAGUAAGAACAUGAAUAUGAAUAUAAUUACAAAAGCUACUCUUGCCGAUGAUAUUUUUCCAAGUGACAAAUAAAACCAAUCUGGGCCUAAUCCUAACGAAAGCAGCAAAUAUCUGAAGUAGAUGUGACACAAUUGAAGGUGUGAGCGUUAGAUUCGGCCAUGCUUCUACAAUUUUCGUCUAUUUUUAUCCAUCGUCAUCAGCAUUUUUGCAGAGUUGUGUUUCAGAACCGCCAAAAAUGUUAGUAACAGGUGGGCGAUCGCGGAACGCAAGGAGAUGUGCGAGUUCCCGCUGUAUUCGAAAAGGAGGCGAAAACAGAGGAAGGCAAGACUCCUCCUGUGGAUAAGGGGCUGGAAUACCCCAACUCGCAAGUGGCAAGUGCUGCUGUCGAGAAGAAGGAGGAAAUCGAUGAGAGGAUCUGCACAAGAGAGCUCGGGGAGAGCAUCUCUUAUACCAGGGCAGAGCAUCAGCAACUGCAAGAUAAAUGCCCCGGACUAGAUGCUCUGGUCAAUUUGUCCGAGAUUCCGGCAGUAAGCCAGGAAGAGGUUAUCACGAGCGCCGGGGAGAUCUCGGAUAGUUUCAGCGGCAGUCCUGUGCCACGGCGAACUGCGGAGGAAUUGCUUAAAGUUGCUGGGACGAAUUUCGUUUCUGUCUGGAAGUAUUUCUCGAGACCAGAUUAUUUGCUCUCGGCGCAGGCUUUCUCGGCCGCGGACCGUGAUAAGCUGCGAGACAAGGUGACUAACGCAGUGGGCACUUUGUGGGAUACAGAGUCGACUGGUGCAAGUGUGAAGCUGCUUUCCGACAAUUAUCCACAAUGCGCGUUGCUGCUGAUGAGAGCACACCUGCUGUUCGGGGUACAGUUAAUGUCCAAAUGUUUCGAAAAAUACGGGAAUCCAAAAUUAUCUUUGUUCAAGAAGCGGUUAUUCCAUUUCCUGACGUUUUUCAGGAAGACUCUCGAAAGCGGCGGCAACCAAGCGAAAGCGCGUGCCACCUUCGAUCAGGCAGACAGGCUCUUGCCCCUGCUCAAGAUGUAA